CCCCAGAAUCAGCUGGCUGAGGGGACUCUUCUCUAGGUUCAUCUCUCUGUAGGUUGAGGCAUCACUUUCCUUUAGGUGGUUGUGGAAUUUAACGGCACUUUUCUAGAUUUGGAUAAUUAGUCGCUAUAGUCCUAAUUCUGCUCUGCAUGCAUUAUUGUCUCCCUCUCAAAGUCUCUCUUCCCCUCUGUUCAAACUCACCUCACUGCAGCCUUCAGCGCUCCCGUCAGGCUAGGCAUAUGAUUGGCUGAGGCCAUGCUAUGAUGUCAUCGCUGAAUCUUAUAAGGGUUCUGACAGACAGCCUGGGAGCGACAUUAGCAGAAACACUGCACGGUAGUGAGGGAGAAAGCGAGACAGAAAGAGAGAGAGAGUGACAGAGAGAGCUAGUGUAAGAGGAAAAGAGAGAGAGAGUGACAGAAGGAUGUGGGAAACUAUACACUGAGGAACUACUCAAACCUGAAGAAUACUUUUAUGACAACGUGUAUGGGAGGUUGGACAGGGACCAAAACCUGUGGAGACAAUGGGCAGCUGCACCCCCCCUGUGCCUUCCCUCAACGUCACCGAGUCAGCCAACACAUCAUGGGCUGGGGCGGCUGGCGGCGAACCAGGUUACAGUGAGGUGGAGAUGGUCCUCCUAGGCAUGGUUAUGUCACUGCUGGUCGUGGGCAUCGUGUUUGGCAACAUCCUGGUCAUCAUAGCCAUCUACCGGUUCCAGAGACUGCAGAACAUCACCAACUGCUUCAUCACCUCUCUGGCCUGUGCCGACCUGGUCAUGGGUCUCAUCGUGGUGCCGUUCGGCGCCUGCUACAUCAUCUUCAACACCUGGCACUUCGGCAGCUUCUGGUGUGAGUUCUGGACUGCCACGGACGUGUUGUGUGUGACGGCGAGCAUCGAGACGCUCUGCGUGAUAGCGCUGGACCGUUACCUGGCCAUAACCUCUCCGUUCCGCUACCAGUCUCUGCUGACCAAGUGUAAGGCACGCGUGGUGGUCCUGCUGGUGUGGGUGAUCGCUGGACUCAUCUCCUUCUUACCCAUCCACAUGAAGUGGUGGAUCAGUGACGAUGCGGAGGCGAAGGCCUGCAUCCAGAACAGCAACUGCUGUGACUUCAACACCAACACAGCCUACGCCAUCACCUCCUCCAUCAUCUCCUUCUACAUCCCCUUAGUCGUCAUGGUGUUUGUCUACAGCCGCGUGUUCCAGGAGGCCAAGCAGCAACUACGCAAGAUCGACCGCAGUGAGGGGCGCUUCCACGCCCAUAACAACAACAUCGCAGGAGGAGGGGUGGAGAAUAACAAUGAGAGCCGAGGAGUUGGAGGAGGCUUCAGGAAGACCAAGUUCUGCCUGCGGGAACACAAGGCCCUGAAGACCCUCGGGAUCAUCAUGGGGAUCUUCACGCUGUGCUGGCUACCCUUCUUCGUCCUCAAUGUGGUGGUAGCCAUCUGGAAGGUAGGGGACAUCGGACUCGCCUUCAGGAUACUCAACUGGAUAGGUUACGCCAACUCCGCAUUCAACCCCUUGAUCUACUGCAGGAGCCCUGAGUUCAGAUACGCAUUCAAGGAGAUCCUGUGCAUCAAGAAGGUCCGGUUCCCCAACAUAGGGCCUACUAAUGGAUACGUGUACAGUGGACACAGCUGGCAGAGUGAGCAGCAGGGAGGGAGGAGUAAAGGGAGCUCGGAGGACAGUGACCCAGCUGCAGACGGGAGCUCAGGGAGGGGAGAGGCGGGUGGGGGUGGAGCUGCAGACGGAACGGACCCGAACGGGAACUGCAGUAAAGGGUUAACAAUUGUACUUUAACCCCCUCACCUUGCUAAGGGAAGUGAACAACCUUUGGAACAGACAGACAUGUUUCACAGUCCAUUGUCACUUCACCAAGUCACUGAGAUGAGACUGGAUGGAAGGAUAGAGGGUGAAUGGUGAGCUGAGAUGAGACUGGAUGGAAGGAUAGAGGGUGAAUGGUGAGCUGAGAUGAGACUGGAUGGAAGGAUAGAGGGUGAAUGGUGAGCUGAGAUGAGACUGGAUGGAAGGAUAGAGGGUGAAUGGUAGGCGGGUAGCACAGGUGAGACUCGAUUGAGGACAGGAGAGGAAUUUGUUACAUUUCACCAGUAGGUUUGCAAGUUGAAUGUAUAUUUAGAGAGAGAGAGAUCAUGUAGAUUAUUUCAUCUACCUCACCUUGUUGUUUAAGAUAUCUAUACGUUCUUAUCAUGUAUCAUCUAAAUAUGUCACAUUGAUUCACUUACCACAGAAACCAGACUGGCUCAUAAAUCCAAAAGAUCGUUUUACUCUGUGUCCACCCAUACAUGAAAUGUAUGCACACAUGAAUGUAUGGCAUAUAUCAUCAUGAAUAAUUGGUGAGAGAGAGAGAGAGAGAGAGAGAGAGAGAGAGAGAGAGAGAGAGAGAGAGAGAGAGAGAGAGAGAGAGAGAGAGAGAGAGAGAGAGAGAGAGAGAGAGACAGAUAAAGAGAGAGAGAGAGAGAGAGAGAGAGAGAGAGAGAGAGAGAGAUAAAGAGAGAGAGAGAGAGAAAGAGACAGGGGGAGACCCAGAGAGACAGAGGGAGAGAGAGACAGAGUAUGAGAUAGAGACAGAGACUGAGAGAGCGAGAGCGAAACAGAUAAAGAGAGAGAGAGACAGAGAUAUACAGAGACAGAGGGAGAGAGAGACAGAGACAGAGACUGAGAGAGAGAGAGAGAGAGAGAGAGAGAGACAGAGACUGAGAGAGAGACAGAGACUGAGAGAGAGACAGAUAAAGAGAGAAAGAGAGAGAGAGAGAGAGAGAGAGAGAUCCUGGUCCAAAUGGACCAUGUUCCAUUUGUUUUUCCAUGGACCAUUUCCUUGAGUUUUACACACCAUUUUUUGGGGGGGGAGCUGGGCACACGUGGCUUUUUGCAUCCAAUGACUUAACUGUCAAUUGAUCAUCGCUGCUGUGCCACACCUCCCCUAGCCUUAAUGAUCUAAGCCAGUGUCACAUCAGCCCUCCCAUCACCUCUCUCCUCUCGUCAACUCUCUGCUCUAUCUUUACCCUUCUACACAGAAUAUCAUUUCCUCUCCCAAGUCUCCGGGUGUCUCUAUCAGAAGUCAGUGGUUAGUUUGCGGUUUGUUGACUGGAUCUGUCGUUGUCGUUCUGGGAAGUAGCCAUGUUUACUGAGAGCAGAGUCAGUAGUUUCCUCAGUGAUCGGAGGGAAGGGUACAGACUGACUCCAUGGAAUAACAAACAGUCUGUGGAACCAGGCCAGAGAUAACAGUGUCCCUGUCUCCUGCCCUAGAGGUGCUGCUUACAGGACCCAGGCAGGCUGUGUCUGAAAUGACACCCCACGACCCUAUCUCUUGCAGUGCUUUUGACCAGGGCGCUAUACGGUCAAACCAGGCAACAUGCAUGAGACAACAGGUGGACUGGGCGAUUGAGAUGUUUCUAAUCAGGGUGUGAUCGCUGGUGGGUCUUUGGUUCUCGGUGAAGUUUUUCCAACGUGAACAGAAUUCUAGAUCGUUCAGGAUAUCUGUGCAAUGAUCCGACGAGACAAUGACCUAUUUCAACAGCUGUUGAUGAUGUCUGUAUCAAUUAGUUUCCCUCUCUUUAUCUCUUUCUUUUUCUCUGUGUCUAUCUCUGUGUCUAUCUCUGUAGUUCUCCCUGUAUCUAUCUCCUCUCCCAUUUCUCUCUUUCUCUCUCUCUUUCUUUCUCUCUCUCUUUCUUUCUUUCUUUCUUUCUUUCUUUCUUUCUUUCUUUCUUUCUUUCUAUCUCUCUCCCUUUCUCUCUGACUUGUUUCUCACCAGGAAAUUCCUGUGUUGUUGCAGGGCUGAGCCCAGUCCAGGCCGAUAAACAGGGGAUAAAUCCAUUAUCUCUGCUAUUUAGUUGGGGAAUCAGACAACUCCCUCCCUCCUAAACAACAGUCACAUGCAGGGAGCGAUCUCUAGAUUAGGAUGUAUAACAUUUUCCCAGUAUGACAGACGGUUAGCAGGAGGAGCACAGGGCUCAGGUCUCUAAUGGGAUAUCUAUUCCCCAUACUCCUCUAGCCUCUAAUGGGACUUUUAUUCCCCAUACUCCUCAAGUCUCUAAUGGGACAUAUAUUCCCCAUACUCCUCAAGUCUCGAAUGGGACAUCUAUUCCCCAUACUCCUCAAGUCUCUAAUGGGACAUCUAUUCCCCAUACUCCUCAAGUCUCUAAUGGGACAUCUAUUCCUGCUGUUUUAGACAUAACCCUGACCAAUUCCCCCUGCUGUUUUAGACAUAACCCUGACCAAUUCCCCCUGCUGUUUUAGACAUAACCCUGACCAAUUCCCCCUGCUGUUUUAGACAUAACCCUGACCAAUUCCCCUAGCUGUUUUAGACAUAACCCUGACCAAUUCCCCCUGCUGUUUUAGACAUAACCCUGACCAAUUCCCCUAGCUGUUUUAAACAUAACCCUGACCAAUUCCCCUAGCUGUUUUAGACAUAACCCUGACCAAUUCCCCUAGCUGUUUUAGACAUAACCCUGACCAAUUCCCCCUGCUGUUUUAGACAUAACCCUGACCAAUUCCCCCUGCUGUUUUACACAUAACCCUGACCAAUUCCCCUAGCUGUUUUAGACAUAACCCUGACCAAUUCCCCCUGCUGUUUUACACAUAACCCUGACCAAUUCACCCUGCUGUUUUAGACAUAACCCUGACCAAUUCCCCCUGCUGUUUUAGACAUACGCCUGACCAAUUCCCCUAGCUGUUGAGACAUAACCCUGACCAAUUCCCCUAGCUGUUUUAGACAUAACCCUGACCAAUUCCCUCUGCUGUUUAGACAUAACCCUGACCAAUUCACCCUGCUGUUUUAGACAUAACCCUCACCAAUUCCCCUAGCUGUUUUAGACAUAACCCUGACCAAUUCCCCCUGCUGUUUUAGACAUAACACUGAGCAAUUCCCCCUGCUGUUUUAGACAUAACCCUGACCAAUUCCCCCUGCUGUUUUAGACAUAACCCUGACCAAUUCCCCCUGCUGUUUUAGACAUAACCCUGAUCAAUUCCCCCUGCUGUUUUAGACAUAACCCUGACCAAUUCCCCUAGCUGUUUUAGACAUAACCCUGACCACUUCCCCCUGCUGUUUUAGACAUAACCCUGAUCAAUUCCCCCUGCUGUUUUAGACAUAACCCUGACCAAUUCCCCUAGCUGUUUUAGACAUAACCCUGACCAAUUCCCCUGCUGUUUUAGACAUAACCCUGAUCAAUUCCCCCUGCUGUUUUAGACAUAACCCUGACCAAUUCCCCUAGCUGUUUUAGACAUAACCCUGACCACUUCCCCCUGCUGUUUUAGACAUAACCCUGACCAAUUCCCCUAACUGUUUUAGACAUA